UUUCAAGCAGAAGAUCGGACAUUGAAAUGCCAAAGGCUCGGUUAAUUUAAAAAAAAAAUAUUAUUUUAAAAUAACUUUAACCAACAACAUCAGGAAAAAAUGGCUUUAACAUCUGAGGUCGUGUCUACUUCACCUUUCUCGGGGCAAAAACCUGGCACCAGUGGUCUCCGCAAGCCGACAAGCACAUUUAUAACCCCGAACUACACUGAGAAUUUCGUACAGAGCACCCUCGCAGCGAUCGGGGACAAGUUAGCCGGGGCUGACCUGGUAGUGGGCGGGGACGGUCGGUACUUCAUGCGGCAAGCAGUCCACAUCAUUAUUCAAAUUGCAGCAGCAAAUGGGGUAAGAAAGCUAAUCAUCGGACAGAAUGGUCUUCUCUCUACGCCUGCUGUGUCAUGCCUGAUCCGUAAACGACAAGCCUGCGGUGGAAUCAUUUUAACAGCUAGCCACAACCCUGGCGGACCCAAUGGUGACUUUGGUAUCAAAUAUAACACAAGUAAUGGAGGGCCUGCUCCAGAAAACAUCACCAAUAAGAUCUAUGAAAUCAGUGAGAAGAUUACUGAAUACAAGCUAUGUCGAGGCAUUGAAGUGGAUCUUGGCCUGAUCAAGACAUCUGAAUUCAAAGUGGAUGGAAAGCCUUUUAUUGUGGAGAUUGUAGAUUGUGUAGAGGAUUAUCUAGGAUUGAUGAAGGAGAUCUUUGACUUUGGGGCCAUCAAGAAAUUACUGGACAGUGGCUUGAAAGUGGUCAUUAAUUCUAUGCACGGAGUCAUGGGGCCCUAUGUGAAGCGGACAUUUCACCAGGAGCUGCAAGUCCCUCUUGAAUCCUGCCUGAACUGCGACCCCAGUGAGGACUUCGGAGGUCAUCAUCCUGACCCCAACUUGACCUACGCAGCUGACCUGGUUGAACUCAUGAAGAAGGGAACGUAUGGCUUCGGGGCUGCAUUUGAUGGAGAUGGGGAUCGUAACAUGCUGCUUGGUGAGAACGCAUUCUUUGUCAACCCCAGCGACUCCGUAGCAGUGAUUUCAGCCAAUGCUAGCUGUAUACCAUACUUCAAGAAGAACCCUGUCCAGGGCUUGGCUAGGAGUAUGCCAACAAGUGGUGCUAUGGAUAGGGUAGCAUCUAUUGACGGUAUGACGCUCUUUGAAGUCCCCACAGGCUGGAAGUUCUUCGGGAACUUGAUGGAUGCUGGGCGACUCUCCAUCUGUGGCGAGGAAAGCUUUGGGACCGGAUCCAAUCACAUCAGGGAGAAGGAUGGUCUGUGGGCGGUCCUGGCCUGGCUCUCGAUCUUAGCCUCUAGGGGCCAGACCAUGGAACAGGUCCUGCAGGAACACUGGAAGAAGUACGGGCGCAACUUCUUCACAAGAUGGGACUUUGAAGGUGUACCUGAUGAACCGGCCACUAAGUGGAUGGACAACCUCCGUGACAUGGUGUCCAAAGACAAGGUCAAGGAACUAGUCGGGAGGUCAUUCACAAAGGGAUCCAAGACCUUCACGAUAGCCCAGGCUGACGACUACAGAUACACAGACCCUAUUGAACACAGACUCACUUUGAAACAGGGUAUUCGAUUGAUCUUUGACGACGGCUCUCGUGCGAUUUUCCGGUUGAGUGGAACCAGCAGCUCUGGCAAGACCGUUCGCAUGUACAUCGACAGCUUCGAGUCCGACCAAUCAAAAUACGGCAUGGAUUCACAAGAUGCAUUGCGCCCUCUAGUGGAAAUUGCUUUAGAGGUUUCACAAUUUAAGGAGUUUACUGGUAUUGAGAAGCCUACUGUCAUCACAUGAACAAUUUGUGUUAUUAUUACACGAUUUCUAGUUCUUUGUUUUCAAGCUCAAAUUAGAUUUUGAGUUAUGAUAGUGCAUGGCACUGACAUUAUUUUUUGUUUUGUUUUGUUUUGUAUGUCGAAUUUGUCCUUUGCAUAGCAAAAACAACCUUCAGUGUAUUGAAGUGAAUCUCGAUCAUGGUACAAUAAAGUCAAAUUUUGCAAUCAUUUUAGUGUUUUUCACAUAUCAAUAAAGCAAGUACCGUAAAUCAGCAAGAGUGCUAGCAAAUUGAUUUGUAUUGCUCUUAAUGAUUAUGAUAUGUGAUUUAAUUCUCCCAUAAGGACUGACUAUACAGUGCAUCCCAGAAAAAAC